AUGGCGUCUGCUGAUCUGAGAGCUGAGCUGAAAUGUGCCGUCUGUCUGAAAAUUUAUACCAAUCCCGUAAUGCUGAAAUGUGGACACAACUUCUGCUGGGACUGUAUUUCUCGUGUGCUGGAUACACAGGAGGAAUCUGGAGAUUACGUCUGUCCUGUAUGUAGAAAAGGGUCCAGGAGUCGUCCUGAACUGCACAGGAACAUAACGCUACAUAACAUAGUGGCGCACUUCCUGUCUGCUCAGCCAGAUCAGGAGUCCGGGGUCUUCUGUACUCACUGUGUGGACUCUCCUGUACUCGCUGUUAGAUCUUGUCUACACUGUGAGGUUUCUAUGUGUAAUAAACACGUGAGAGUCCACAAAAAGUCCCCAGAACACAUCUUAUGUGCCCCCAUCUUGUCCAUGGAGAGACACACAGGACAUAAGGUGGUCUCGCUUAAUGAGGCCUGUGGGAAGAAGGAGCUGCUGAGGAAUGUUCUGAAGAAACUUCUGACAAAGAGAGAGGAGAUGGAGGAAAGAGUCCAGAGUCUGCAGGAACACAGGAGGAAAGUAGAAGAAGCAGCUGGUGACACCGAGAGAGUCAGACAUCAGAAAGACCUGGAGAAGAGAGUCCUGGAGGACAUCUCCGAAGCUGCAGACUUAUUACUGGAUGUAAACACAGUCUUUAAAUAUCUCCAUAUAUCAGAUGACAAGAAAACUGUAUCUGGGUCAGAAUUAUACCAGUAUUACCCAGAAACCCCAGAGAGAUUUCAGUAUUGUCCUCAGGUGAUGAGCAUUCAGAGUUUCUCCUCAGGGAGACAUUACUGGGAAGUGAAAGUUGGAGGAUCUCAGAAUUGGAUAGUUGGGAUGUGUUACCCCAGUAUAGACAGGGGGGAAUUACUUCUCUCAGAGAUUGGAGAGGAUAACAAGUCCUGGGGUUUGUACAGGGGUAAUGAUCACUAUUGGGUGGCACAUAACAGUGAUGAGAUCCCUUUAUCUGCCAAUCUCUCCAGUAACAGAGUUGGGAUAUAUCUGGAUUAUGAGGCCGGGCGGAUCUCCUUUUAUGAUAUGUGUGACCCGAUCCGACACAUCCAUACCUACACCACCACCUUCACUGAGCCCCUCCACGCUGUGUUGGGUGUUUGGCUCUAUAAAGAUAUGUGGGGGGGAAUAAUGAGGUGUGAUAACUCCACCCAGAGUCUGGUGACAUCAGAGACAGGCAGUGGGAUUGGUUUAUUGUUCAACCAAUGCUUUUAG